AUGCUGCAACUCAACUGUCGAGCACCUUUCCGGGGGAUCUUUGCCCGACCGGCCAUCAGAAGGUACCACUUUCAAAAGCCGCUUUCGGAGCCUCGGACACGGUUUACCGGCAAGACCAUCGUCGUGACUGGUGCCAACUCUGGUCUUGGGUUCGAGGCUGCGGCCAAAUUCACCGCCCUAGACGCCUCUCGCGUUAUACUCGCGGUCCGCGAUAUUGCAAAGGGCCAGCAAGCCAAAACCGCCAUCGAAGAACGUACGGGCAUCCGCAAUGUGUUGGAAGUAUGGCCCCUUGACAUGGAGUCAUAUUCAAGCAUUUGGCAAUUUGCUCACCGCUGUACCGAGGAUCUCCGCCGGCUUGACGUCGCCGUCUUGAACGCCGGAGUGUUCAACGUCGGCUACGCGACAUCCCCACAGGGAUGGGAAAACACUAUCCAGGUGAACGUCCUAUCGACGGCGUUGUUGGCGCAGUACCUCCUUCCCAAAAUGAAAGACACCGGACAGCAGUCCGGCACGGGCGAGCCGCCUGUCUUGACAUUUGUAUCCUCUCGGCGUCACGAAAAAGUUGUGUUCCACGAGGACGAGCUGGACACCCAGACGAUCCUGCAGUCACUAAACGAUCCUGAAAGGUACAAUUCAAGUCGGCAGUAUCAAAUAUCAAAACUCCUCGUCAUGUGCGUGAUGCAAAAGCUGGCAGCCAUCGUCGGAUCCGGGUCAAGCAACCACGAGCCUGACGUCGUAAUCAAUGCUGUCUGUCCGGGAUUCUGCCGAUCAAACCUAAGUCGAGGACACCAAGGGCUGAUCGCGGACACAAUACGGCUCAUCCUGAAUACCCUGGUGCUACGGACCGCGGAGGAGGGCGCUAGGAGUUUGGUAUCAGCCGCAGCACUUGGGGUGCAAUCCCACGGCCGCUUCUGGUACGACGAUGAGCUUUACGAUUCGUCUCAUCCACUGUUAUCAAAGGAUGAUAAAAAUACCUUUGUUGAGAAUGUAUGGGAGCGAAUUCAGUCCGUGCUUGCGCAAGAAGACCCUAACUUCAGAAAAGUCACCAGUCUCUUGUGA